UGCCGACUUCGGGUCAUGGAGCCUCGCGCAGGGGGCGCCACGGACCCUAAGGGGAGCAGAGGAGGCCACGGCCCUCCCCUGCCCGCGGGCCCCAGAGCCCGGCAGCUCCUGGCGCGGCUGGACGCGCGCCCCCUGGCGGCCCGGGCUGCGGCCGACGUGGCGGCGCUGGUACGCAGGACAGGUGCCACAUUGCGCCUGCGCCCGAAGGCGGUCGUUAGUGUGUUGGAUUCUGCGGACAUAGAAGUUACAGACAAUCGCCUGCCUAAUCCCACGUUCGCGGAACACCGGCCCCAGCAUCAUCGGUCAGAGACCUUGGGUACAGGUAAUGCGCCACCCCAAGUGACUCAGGGUAAGGCACGUUCUGCUUCCAAGCCGCUCCAAGCCUCUGGACAGUUCUGUGUGGAAUUGGUUUGUGGUUCCACAGGCUUUGGCCUUACAUUAAGUGGAGGCCGAAAUUCAGCAGGAGAUGCUCCGCUAGUAGUGCGCAGGCUGCUGAAAGACGGGCCAGCACAGCGCUGUGGUCGCUUGCAAGCUGGGGACCUUGUGCUCCACAUCAACGGACAGUCAAUUCAGGGCCUCACCCAUGCCCAGGUGGUGGAGCGCAUUCGCACAGGAGGCCCCCGUCUCCACCUUGUACUAAGCAGGCCCCUGGAAACCCAUCCUGGCAAGCCUGAAGAGGUGGGAGGGCCCCAGAAAGGAGAUGAUCGCAGCCCAGAUCCUGGUGGACCAGAGGUGAUGAGGUCUCCCAGCGUCAGUGCUUCCUGGCUUCAGCACCCUCCAUCCGGUACAAUGGCCCAAACCCGGGGCAGCACAGAGCCUAGCCCAGAGCAGGGUGCCGACUGCCCCGAGGUUCCCCAUCCUGCGCGCCAUACAGAAGACCCUGAUGACCGAACCCCGGGUUCCCCUGGACCAUGGCUGGUGCCGAGUGACGAACGGCUUUCACAGGCCCUAGGGAUCCCAGGGGCAGCACAGCUUGCUCUCGAGAUGGCAGCUGGGAGGCGGAGGCACUGAGCACGUAUGGGAUGGUUCGAUGCUCACUUGGUACUGCCCAACCUGGAUCUGGUGUGCUCAGCCAACCGCACACUAGCAUCGCACACUAGCAUCGCUGGGAGAGCUUACACUGGUCUUGCCCACCCCCUCCUGCUGCGCAGCGGACCUGCCGGUGCUCCCCUCUGCUCUCCUUGUGGUGUCGGUGGUACAGCCCUGGGCUUCGCUUCUGGUUUCAAGGGUGGGUGAGGUAAUAAAAUGGUUUGACCCAGU